GGAGAGGGAGACAGUGCAGCCAAGACACUUUGGGAACGAGGACACUUCUAAACCGGACCCUCUGUCUUCAACUUAGCGCAGGGCUUCACCGUAACUUUGCGCGCUUGUCUUUUUUUUUUUCUUCAACGCCGCAUGGCUUCAGUGUAAUCAACGCGUCUUCUGCCUGGAACUUUGAACUGUUCAACAUGAACCGAGAAGAGAAGGGGAGAGAAGAGAGAGUGUUUCUGGCUCUCCUCAUCAUUUUACACACCGCCACAACGCAUGCUGGCAAUCUUGUUGAUGUCCUGCGUGUGCUGGAGCUGUCUGAUCAAAUGGAGGGCGUGUCCAUGGAGGCGGGGCUAUGUACACAUAGAGUUGACACAGAGGAAGUGGACAUAGCAUUCAGGAUAGAUAAAAAGAUCCAACUCAGUGCACCGACACAACAGCUCUUCCCAGACUCAGCUUUUCCUGAAAACUUCUCCCUGAUGACGACGGUGCGGGCAAAGAAGAACGCCCAGGUCUUCUUGAUGUCCAUGUAUGAUGAACAGGGCGUACAGCAGCUUGGACUGGAGCUGGGAAGAUCACCCGUCUUUCUCUACGAGGACCACAGGGGACAGCCGACCCCUGAAUUCUACCCCACCUUCAAGAAGAUCAACCUGGCUGAUGGAAAGUGGCACCGGAUUGCUUACAGCAUAGACGGAAAGUCAGUCACACUGUAUUUGGACUGUAAGAAGAUAGAGACCCUGGAGCUGCAUCGUGGAGAUGACUCUGUGGUCCGCACUGACGGCGUUACCGUGUUCGGGACCAGGCUACUGGACGAGGAAGUGUUCGAGGGAGAUAUCCAGCAACUGCUGAUUGUGGACGACCCCCAAGCUGCAGAAGAGUACUGUCAUCACUACAUCCCAGAUUGUGACUCUCCUCUGCCUUAUCGUACUCAGAACUACGAACCCGGAGAGAUCAAUCCCAGCAAGCUUAUUGACGUCAUGCAAGGUGACGACCCGGAGACACCAAAGAAGAAAAAAGGCAGGAAGGGCAAAAAGAAUAAAAAUAAGAAGGAUCGUUCAAAGAAAGGGAGAAAGAAAGAGUCACGGAAGAAAAGGAAAGAGGCGGAAGCUAUGGAGGAAGGAUUUCUUGAGGUGUCCACUCAUCAGCUUGAAUAUCUCCAACAAGCUAUAACACCAGCUGUGACAGAACCCAUAAUGCCUUCGACACCUCCAAACACGACCACCGAGCAGAUAGACUUUAUCCCCGAGAUGCCCACACACGAACCGGACUCACUGCCUUCUACAUCACCUGAAAACCUCAGCGUAUCCCUCACUGCAUUGCCCCAGUCUGCUCAGGCUGAGGUGGAGGAGGAAAAGCCAGUAAAAACACCAGAAGUUGAGGAACAUAUUGAGGACAUUUACAGCAGCCCAUAUGAUAAUGACCUCUCCGUCUCCACGGUAACAGUGGGCACCAACAUCAGCGAGUAUGAGAUCUUUGAGUAUGAGGACUUUAGGAACAGCAGCGAGAGCUCAGAGCAGUAUGAAGAGUAUGAAACCUACGAGGAUCGCUACGGACCGGCGGAAAGAGAGAGAGUGGGGACCUGGGAUGGACAGGCAAGACAAGGAUUAUUGAAAGGCCAGAAAGGAGAACCCGCUGUUCUCGAACCGGGCAUCAUAAUUGACGGACCUCUCGGACCACCAGGACCUGCUGGUCUUCCAGGACUUCCAGGAGUAACAGGCCCUCCAGGACCUCCCGGAGACCCGGGUGAAAUGGGCCCUGAGGGCCGUCCAGGCCUUGCAGGGGCUGAUGGGAUACCAGGUCCUCCAGGGACUAUGUUCAUGUUGCCGUUUCAUUUCGCUGAUGAUUCUCGGAAAGGCCCCGUGUUGUCGGCUCAGGAAGCGCAGGCUCAUGCCAUCCUCCAGCAGACCAGAAUUUCACUGAAGGGACCUCCAGGCCCAGUGGGACUCACAGGCAGAGCAGGACCAAUGGGUCUCCCAGGCUCCAGUGGACUUAAAGGAGACAGCGGCGACGCCGGGCCUACAGGGCCACGUGGGUUGCCAGGUCCUCCAGGUAUGAGCGGGAAGCCGGGCAAGCGGGGUCGCUCGGGGGCAGACGGAGGUCGAGGAGCUCCAGGAGAGACAGGAGCGAAGGGUGACAGGGGCUUUGAUGGACUACCAGGGCUUCCAGGGGACAAAGGACACAGAGGGGAUCGAGGAAAGCCAGGACAUCCUGGUCCACCUGGGGAAUCUGGUGAGAAGGGUGCAGAUGGACCUGUAGGACCAAGAGGACAACCAGGUGAACCUGGUACGAGAGGACUUGUAGGACCCAGAGGACCACCUGGACCAACUGGACAGCCUGGGAUACGUGGCGUGGAUGGCGUUCAAGGCUCUAAAGGCAACCCGGGUCCGUCAGGAGAACCAGGUCCUCCGGGACAACAGGGGAACCCUGGAGUGCAGGGAUUUCCAGGUCCUCAGGGUCCUAUUGGCAUGCCUGGAGAAAAGGGACCUCAGGGAAAGACAGGAUUGCAGGGGCUUCCUGGGAUCGACGGUCCUCCGGGACAUCCAGGCAGAGAGGGACCAGCUGGAGAGAAGGGGCUACUGGGAUUAGUCGGAGCUCAGGGGCCUAUCGGAUACCCGGGGCCUCGAGGAGUCAAGGGUGCUGACGGCGUACGAGGUCUGAAAGGAAGCAAAGGAGAGAAGGGAGAAGAUGGCUUCCCCGGGACCAAAGGUGACAUGGGAGCUGAAGGAGAUCGAGGUGACAAUGGGCCUGCUGGGCCCCGUGGUGAGGACGGACCAGAGGGGUUUAAGGGCCAGUUAGGGCCUAUUGGAGAAUUUGGGCCUCCAGGAAUUGCUGGAGAAAAGGGAAAACUCGGUGUCCCUGGGUUACCCGGCUAUCCAGGAAGGCAAGGCCUAAAGGGAUCUGUCGGCUUUCCAGGAGUGCCAGGCAUGCCAGGAGAGAAGGGGAAGAGGGGAUCUGCAGGUACAGCAGGUGCAGCAGGUGAAAGAGGUCCAAAUGGGGCACGUGGAGGCCGAGGGCCAAGGGGAGCUACAGGAGCACCGGGAGCCAAGGGCUCUUCUGGCCACGACGGCCCAUCAGGUCCCACCGGAGACAAGGGUCCUCAAGGACCCCAGGGACAAAACGGAUAUCCAGGACCCAAGGGACCGAAUGGCCCUGUAGGAAAAGACGGGUUGCCAGGUCAUCCAGGCCAAAGGGGGGAGCCGGGAUUCCAAGGGAAAACAGGACCACCAGGACCCGUUGGAGUGGUCGGACCACAGGGCAAAACUGGAGAGACUGGACCAAACGGGGACAGAGGUCACCCUGGGGCUCCGGGACCUCCUGGAGAGCAAGGUCUACCUGGAACAGCAGGCAAAGAAGGUUCCAAGGGUGAUCCAGGCCCCAUGGGGAUUGCUGGAAAGAGUGGUCCUGCUGGGCGCCGUGGGUUUAGAGGCAGUCGAGGCAUGCCAGGCUCCACGGGUGCUGCAGGUUUAAAAGGUGAACAAGGACCUCCUGGUGCUGCAGGAGCAAUUGGUGCUACUGGUGAGAGAGGGCCCUCGGGGCCAGCCGGUGGGAUUGGUCUCCCUGGCCGUGCUGGAGGAAUCGGGUCCGCUGGACCAAUGGGCGAGAAGGGAGAACCUGGAGAGAAAGGACCUACAGGUCCUGCUGGGCACGAUGGAGAAACAGGACCACUCGGCCUACCAGGACCUGCUGGACCACCUGGACCACCUGGGGAGGAUGGUGAUAAGGGAGAAACUGGAGGUCCAGGCCAGAAAGGGAGCAAAGGGGACAAAGGAGAGUCGGGACCCCCAGGACCAACAGGAAGUGUAGGACCUAUUGGACCACCUGGGCUACAGGGUUUGGAUGGGGAUCCAGGGCCCCGAGGCCAACAGGGUAUGAAUGGACAGAAAGGUGAUGAAGGACCUCGAGGACUUGUAGGUGCCACCGGACCACCAGGCCUGCAGGGAAUGCCUGGACCCCCAGGAGAGAAGGGAGAGAGCGGUCAUGUUGGACCACUGGGCCCCCCAGGACAACCCGGUCCCAGAGGUCCUGUGGGAUCCACCGGCAGAGAGGGUCAUCAGGGGAUGCCCGGUGGAGUUGGCCAGCCUGGUUUAGUAGGAGAAAAGGGUGAAUUCGGAGAGGCGGGGAAUCCAGGAAACGUGGGUGAAACAGGCCCUCCUGGUGGGAAAGGAGACGUGGGUGAGAAAGGGGACACGGGUCCCCCCGGUGCCGCUGGACCCCCAGGAAUCCGAGGUCCACCAGGAGAGGACGGACCCAAAGGAAACCCGGGCCCCAUUGGAUUUCCUGGAGACCCAGGACCCUCUGGUGAGGCAGGUCCGAAUGGUAUUGAUGGCGGACCAGGACCAAAGGGAGAUAAUGGAGAGUCUGGGAAAGCUGGACCACCAGGGGCUUCUGGAGAACCGGGACCUCCUGGAGCACCAGGGCGGAGGGGUCAUGUUGGUGCUGCAGGGAGUGAAGGAAAACAGGGGAAGAACGGAGCAAAGGGCUCACCAGGCUCAGAGGGUCCAGCUGGAAAGACAGGACCCCUAGGACCCCAAGGACAACCUGGAAGACCUGGUCCAGAGGGACCACGUGGGAUCCCAGGCCCUGCAGGAGAACAGGGUUUAAACGGUCCCCCUGGACAGACUGGACCACCCGGCCCAAUGGGACCUGCCGGACUGCCAGGACUGAAAGGAGAUCCAGGCAGCAAAGGAGAGAAGGGUCAUGGAGGCUUGAUCGGACUCAUUGGGCCUCCAGGAGACAUGGGGGAAAAAGGUGACCGAGGCUUGCCUGGAAAUGAGGGAAUAUCUGGUCCUAAAGGAGAUUCGGGAUUUGUUGGACUUCCAGGUCCUACUGGACCUCCAGGACCUCCUGGACUUUCUGGAGCCAUGGGUGAGAAGGGAUCCAAAGGAGAUGAGGGAGCCGUCGGUCCGAGAGGAGACCCAGGACCUGUAGGCCCACCAGGACUACCUGGUCCAGCAGCCACCCUGAUCGAGCCACUGCCCAUUCGAGAGGGUCGCAAGAAACGCAGGAGAAACUCCAACCGCAACAGAGAAGGAACCAGCGCAGAAGCUGCAGCCGCAGAAGACGAGCAUGAGGCUGAGAUUCAGCUGAACAUAGAAGACUUCCUGCAGGCUGAUGCGCCUCUGGAAGAAGCAGAGGGCAUGGAGGAGGUAUUCGCUUCACUUAACUCCAUGAAGAUGGAAGUGGAGCUGAUGAGGAAGCCUUUGGGAACAUUUGAGAGUCCGGCACGCACCUGCAAAGAGCUGAUGUUGUGCCACCCGCAUUAUAAAGAUGGUGAAUAUUGGAUUGACCCAAAUCAGGGCUGCAAUAAAGAUUCCAUCAAGGUGUUCUGCAACUUCACGGCUGACGGGGAAACCUGUCUGCACCCGGAUAAACGAAUCGAAACGGUGAAGCUCGCAGCCUGGAGCAAGGAGAAGCCAGGGAGCUGGUACAGCCGCUACAGGAGGGGUAAACAGUUCUCCUAUAUAGACGCUGACGGCAUCACGGUCCCUGUGGUCCAGCUGACCUUCCUGAAGCUUCUGAGUGCCACAGCCAGACAGAGCUUCACCUACAUCUGCCAGAACUCGGCCGGCUGGUACGACGCCACCAGCCAUGGGCACCAGCACGCCCUGCGAUUCCGUGCCAGCAACGACGAGGAGAUGACGCACGACAAGAUGCCCUUUAUAACAUCUCUAUACGACGGCUGCCAGACACGUAAAGGACAGGACAGGACGGUGCUGGAGAUCAACUCUCCGAGAUCGGAGCUGCUCCCCUUAGUCGACGUUUCUGCAUCAGACUUUGGGAAUAACAACCAGAAGUUCGGCUUCCAGAUCGGACCUGUGUGUUUUAACGGUUAACUAAGUGAGACACAGAACUCAAGACUUCAUCUGUACCACACGCAAUAUUUAUUUUUUUAUGUAGUGUGCAUGCGGCGGUACUGUGACAUGCGAUUUGUUUUUUUGUUUUUGUUUUUUUUUGGUGAACUUUGUUUUAACAAAACUACAGAUGCCAGGAUCGACGCUUGAGGAAGCAAACAAAGCAGAAGUUUCCGUGUGUGUGGACUUUUUUUUUUCUUAAAAAUCCUUUGUCUUUGUUUGCUUGCGCUGUGUGAAUGAAUGAAUUGCCAGUUGAACUGAUUAGUAAACCCCAAUAACACCCCCAACCACUAUUGCCCCACAUGGUCCACGUUACAGGCCACCCCAGGCUACAGCGCACACUGUACUGUAGAAGCAGACUUUCUUGUCGGUGCCAUGGAAGUCUUGCUUAUUUGUUGUUAUGUGUAAUAUAAUUCUAAAUUAAUUCGCCACUUGAGGGAUCGGCUACAGCGUUAAGGAGUACAUAUUUAAACAUUUUAUUUUCCCUCACACAAAAGCAGCACUGGCGCCGACGGAAGCAGUUAUACCUCAGAAUAGUUUUGACAAGGAAACGGCGCCCGGAUCCAGUUAAUUGUUCUCUUAGAUGCUUCCUGUCACACAUCAGCUCUGCAGCGCUGCUCAUCUUUAAUCAGUGUGUCAUAAUAAAUAAACAGCACCGUACGCCGCUCGUGCUUCCAGCAGGGUGGGUUGUGCGUACAGUAUCUACCCUGCGACUGUUCUUAUUAAUGACAAACAGCCUCCUCAAGUAGGUCACUAGGGUUGUUUUAUCAGGAUCGGUCACAUGGUUGGAAUACGAUUAGCCGUAUUACGGAGGGGUUACAGUACAGCACGGACUUGCUGUUCUCUGAAAGAUUAUCAUUUUUGAGUAGCGGUUCAGGCUUAAGGGCCUUACUCAAGAGCCUGGGAUUUAAACUCAUAUCCUUCCAAUUAGUAGUCCAACACCUUAUGCAGUUUCGUACCAAUUUCGGGUUUAAAUUAUUACAAAACUGUCCACGGUAAUAAUAAACUUCUGACGAGUAAUAAUAUCACACUCAGAAAAAAGGUUAAAGCUAGGAUACUAAAUCAUUCUUGUAUUUUUCCCACUUGAUUGAUUUUCUAUAGAUGCUUACAACAGUGUGUUCCUCCAUAAAGCCAGGCUAUAAAACAACAGAGAUUAUCCCUGAGAGGAUAUCCCUUAUAUGUCUGUACACUUCAGACUCCUUCCCUCCGAUCUUUCCAGCAACCAUUUUCCGGGUCCAUAAAUAAUCACAAUUCUCACUAGAGAGACGUUACCGAACCAUCCGGGUCAUGGCACCAAGUGGGUAGUACUUCAAGAACCAGUGAGCCAGGAGACUGGUGUUCAGACCUUCAGAUGUUUUCCCCAUCAGUUAUUUAGCAAUAAAGGUAGACCUAUAGGCAGACCAGUUUACGCUUAAAUCUACAGGUUGUACAGGCCCUGUAAUAUAUAUAUAGUAAAAAGAUGGAAGAAAGGUCACGGUUACAUUGUACCAAAACACAAGAAAGACAAAUACUGUGUAUGUAGAAAAGACUGAGAAAUAACUGGACAUGCAUAAUAUAAAUGAUAAUUAAUUCUUAAUGAAUCCAUAUAGAUACAGCGCCUUGUAAAAUUAUUAAUACCCACUGAACUUUUUCACAUUUUGACACGUUACAACCACAAACAAAAAUGUAUUUUAUUACAAUUUUAUGUGAUAGACCAAGGGGGGCACGGAGGCUUAGUGGUUAGCACGUUCGCCUCACACCUCCAGGGUUGGGGGUUCGAUUCCCACCUCCGCCUUGUGUGUGUGGAGUUUGCAUGUUCUCCCCGUGCCUCGGGGGUUUCCUUCGGGUACUCCGGUUUCCUCCCCCGGUCCAAAGACAUGCAUGGUAGGUUGAUUGGCAUCUCUGGAAAACUGUCCGUAGUGUGUGAUUGCGUGAGUGAAUGAGAGUGUGUGUGUGCCCUGUGAUGGGUUGGCACUCCGUCCAGGGUGUAUCCUGCCUUGAUGCCCGAUGACGCCUGAGAUAGGCACAGGCUCCCCGUGACCCGAGGUAGUUCGGAUAAGCGGUAGAAGAUGAGUGAGUGAGAGUGAGUGAUAGACCAACACAAAGUGGCACAUAAUUGUGAAGUGGAAGGAAAAUUAUAAAUGGUGUCCGAUUUUAUUUUUUUUACAAAUAAAUAUCUGAAAAGUGUGGCAUGGAUUUGUAUUCAGCCCCACUGAGUCAAUACUUUGUACUGUAGAACCACCUUUCUCUGCAAUUACAGCUGCAAGUCUUUUGGGGUUUGUCUCUAUCAGCUUUGCACAUCUAGAGAGUGAAAUUUUUGCCCAUUCUUCUUUGCAAAAUAGCUCAAGCUCAGUCAGAUUGGAUGGCGAGCGUCUGUGAACAGCGAUUUUCAAGUCUCACCACAGAUUCUCAAUUAGAUUUAGGUCUGGACUUUGACUGGGCCAUUCUAACACAUGAAUAUGCUUUGAUUUAAACCACUCCAUUGUAGCUCUGUCUGUAUGUUUAGGGUCAUUGUCUUGCUGGAAGUUGAACCUCCGCCUCAGUCUCAAGUCUUUUGCAGACUCUAACAGGUUUUUAUCUAAAAUUGCCCUGUAUUUGGCUCAAUCCAUCUUCCCAUCAACUCUGACCAGUUUCCCUGUCCCUGCUGAAGAAAAGCAUCCCCACAGCAUGAUGCUGCCACCACCAUGUUUCACGGUGAGGAUGGUGUGUUCAGGGUGAUGUGCAGUGUUAGGUUUCCGCCACACAUAACAUUUUGAAUUUUGGCCAAAAAGUUCAAUUUUGGUCUCAUCUGACCAGAGCACCUUCUUCCACAUGCUUGCUGCCCCCCCACGUGGCUUGUAGCAAACUGCAAACAGGAUUUGUUAUGGCUUUCUUUCAACAAUGGCUUUCUUCUUGCCACUCUUACAUAAAGACCAGAUUUGUGGAGUGCACGACUAAUAGUUGUCCUGUGAACAGAUUCUCCCACCUGAGCUGUGUAUCCCUGCAGCUCCUCCAGAGUUACCAUGGGCCUCUUGGCUGCUUCUCUGAUUAAUGCUCUCCUCGCACGGCCUGUCGGUUUAGGUGGACGGCCAGGUCUUGGUAGGCUUGCAGUUGUGCCAUACUCUUUCUAUUUCCAAAUGAUGGAUUGUACAGUGCUCAGUGAGAUGUUCAAGGCUUGGGAUAUUAAUUUAUAACCUAACCCUGCUUUAAACUUCUCCACAACUUUAUCCCUGACCUGUCUGGUGUGUUCUUUGGUCUUCAUGAUGCUAUUUGUUCACUAAUGUUCUCUAACACACUUCUGAGGGCUUCACAGAACAGCUGUUUUUAUACUGAGAUUAAAUGACACACAGGUGACUCUAUGUACUAAUGGGGUGACUUCUGAAGGCAGUUGGUUUCACUGGAUUUUAGUUAGGGGUAUCAGAGUAAAGGGGGAUGAAUACAAACGCACACCACACUUUUCAGAUAUUUAUUUCUAAAAAAAAUUUGGACACCAUUUAUAAUUUUCGUUCCAUUUCGCAAUUAUGUGCCACUUUCUUUCAGUCUAUUUC